UUUUAUUUUGAAACAUGCAUUAAAGUCAGCUGUGAGAACUUUUGAAUGGUUUCUGUUAGAUAAGUAGCAGUGGUUCCACAUAAUACUAUUAAUAGCCGUCCCGUAUGGUUGACAUGGUUGAUAUUAAGACAGUCACGUAAAAGUUACAGUCUUGCUUCAUUUCCAUGCCCAUUUAGCAGCAUAUUCACUCUUCGGCAUUCUUUCCUGUCUGGAGCUUUUUAUAAACUGGUGAUUCUGGUUUGGGAGAAUAUGAAUGUCAACAUUAGCAACUUUAUGGACGAGAGAAGGGCGAACACAGAAGAAGCACCAUACAUGGAGAUGAAAACUAGUUUUGGUAACAAGGAGAACAUCAAACCUGCUAACAAAACACAACCUUCACAACUCAAACAGACCAAAGAAGAGAGUUUUGGCCUCAGUUUACCUCUUGGAGAGGAAUAUGAAAGAAAAAAGCAGAAGUUAAAGCAAGAACUACGUCUUGAUUACCGGCGCUUCAUGUCUGAGAAAAAAAAUCAAAUUAUUGCUGAUCCACUUUCACGGUCCCACAUGCUGUCUCUUCCCAUAAAAGAACGGAGAUCAGCGAAGGAAAAAUUGCAGGAUGAGAGGAACAAGGAAUAUAAUAUGUUUCUCCGAGGGCAAGAGGGAGCACAGAAAAUGGGGAAAACUUCAGCUACCACACAGGCCCUGGAGAGAGAUCGCUUUGGCUCUAUUUCUCCAAAGUAUGCUCCUGGUUCUCUAGAGGUACAAGCGCAAAGGGCCAGUCAGAGCCUGGAGAACAUUGUGUUCUCAAAAAGGGAUGUUGCCACUGUGACUGAGCCCUUUUCUGGAGCGCCGGAUCGCUGGGGAGGCCCUUACCAUGAUCGCACCAGUUCUGAUGAGGAAAUGGAGCUCCUAGGGAAGGAGAGGCAUAGAAAUGUACAGGAAGACACAGGCAAAACCAGGAGAGGAGGAAAACACAACAACAGCUCUCACAGUCUACAAGCACUGAUUCCAGCGCAAAGCAGAUCUGUCAACGAGCAGAACAUGACUGAGUUUUCUACAGGACUUAUGAUUGGUACUACUGAAGGGAAUGAGGCCUCUCAGAGGAGGAAGGAAUGUUACAGACUGGAGCUGCUACAGCAAAUAGCCGAACAGCAAAAGAACAAAAGGAAGGAGAAGGAGCUAGAGUUGAGAGUGGCUGCAACAGGUGCUGUUGAUCCAGAAAAAAAGCCAGAUCGAAUCAAACAAAUUGGUGCCGUGACCCGGGAACAUGAGGGCAGGAGAAUGGAAGUACUCUACCGCACAGGGCUGGGUCUGGAGGAGCUCAGGGCUGACUCUGCCAGGCGGCUUAGAGAACAGAGACCUCCACAAGCACCAAAGGAGACAGCACCCCCUGAGAGACCUCGUGUUGCGUUCCAGUCACCAUCUAUAGUCCACAGCUCUGUCUUAAGCCGGCUGGCUUAUACAUCAGGCCUUGGUCUGGAGGCUGGAACAGGGUUUGGGGACAAGGACACCAGCUUUGUUACUGAAGACAAUCACAGAAGUCUCUCAAGAACCCUGGGGGAGAUAGUUGCCCCAAGAAUUACAGGUGUGCGUCCUCCAUUGGGUCCCUCUGUCACUGACUCCUAUCAAACUCCUUAUGAUAAUGCGUAUUACUAUUAUGGAGCUAGAAAUCCUCUAGACCCCAAUCUGGCCUUCUCAGUGGGUCAGCAGGCACACAUCCUUCCAGAAGCACAGUGGCCCAUUCCACAGGCUCCAUCUGGAGGCCUCACGCAAGCUAUCAGCCAUGCUGGAGUUGUUCCUUCAGGACUAGCGUUCGUUCCUCCUGAGAGACUGCAGCAGGUCAAGGAAAGUGCUGUUAGCUAUCAGGAAGCUCUGAAGCAGCAGAUUCAAGAACGACAGCAAAGACGGCAUCGCGAGAAGGUGGAAAAUGAGCUGUAUGAUGCUAAACUAGAGGCUGAGAUGAAGGCCUACGAGCCCUGGGGGAGAGCAGGAGGAGGAGCCCCUCUUAGGGAUGAUCAUGGAAACCUCAUCAGUGAUUUGAAACAAAUGCAUAAAACAAACGUGGAAGCUUAUGAUUCCGGAGGCAGAUUAGCAAGGAUUCCAGAGGCUUCUAGAACAGAACCUGCAGGUUUUCAUUCUUCCCAGCCGCCUGUGCAAGUGAGAGGUAACCUUUUCAAUGAACUGCCCACCCCACAGCAGCGCCACGAUCAGGAAAAGUACAAGGAUUGCUUGAAACGACAGAUCGAGGAAAAGAAGAGAAAGGAGGCAGAAGAGAGGGAACGGCACAGGCUCGAGGAAGAGAAAGAAGAGAGGCGGCUGGCCGAACAGCGAGCUCGGAUCCAAAGAGAGUAUGAGGAAGAGCAGGAGAGGAAGCGUCAGAAAGAGAAAGAGCAAAUGGCCAAAAAUGAGGAGUUGAUUAGACACGCCGAAGAGCGCCGUAAAGAGGCUGAGAAAAUGAGGAAAGAAGCGGAGGAGAAGGAGAACGAAGCCCUGAGAAAGAGGCAGGAGAGAGAGAAACAGACACAUCUGGAGGAGCAAAAGGUCCACAGGGCACCGUCACCACCCCUACCAGCUUUGCAGAAGAAACCACGUCAACAGACGCCCAGUCCUCCAUCGAUGGAGAGCCACCGCUCUUCUGCUACUCUGUCUAUCCGAUCGAAGUCAGCACCACAUUCUCCCCCAGUGCCUGCCCGCAGGAACGAGAUCAGGGCCACAGAAGAAAACCGUACGGUGAUCAGGGAGUUAUCGGCCUUGCGUAGGCAGCUGCGGAGUGAACAGAGACGUCUGGAGGGAGAAUUGAUGCAGUCUAACAGAAAUGUUCACACCCCGCCUGUUCGUAGCAGGUCAAAACAGCACCUCCCGGAGGAUGUUUUUGAAGUGGCGAGACUACGCAAACAAGUCCCCAUCGAGAGGCCGGCUUCCCACACUGCAGCGGUCGACAUGCAGAACCUGCAGGAGUUUAAACGUCUGAAGUACAGAGAUGGUGCAUCUCGUGAGGAGGUGCGGCAGACGUACCCUGACCCCCCCAGUGACGAUCACAGUCUAGAUAUCCAGCAACAGGCUCUGUUACGCCAACAGCAGCGAACCAUCAACAGCCUGAGGAGGGGCAGAGCUGCUGAUUACUUUGACGUGGUGUCUUCAGGGCAGCGGCAUCAUGAGCAAAGGCUGAAUUCUGCACAGGAUCCAGGGAGACACUUGCUGUUAGACUCAGAGAGCGCCUUUAUUAACCCCAGUGGCGAUUUGUUCCUUCUACAAUCCCGGCGUGACCAGAGAGCGAGACCAGCAGUUAGGAAGACAGACAUGUCGAAAGAUGUGGUAAAGAGGUACGCUCGACCUGACAGCAGUCCUGACAGUCGGUCUCUGCACUCGCUAACUGGCACAGAAAUCGAGUGGCUGAGGGAGCGCACAAAGAACAAGAUGACAUCGCUGAACAACAUGAGAGAACAUGAUUGGAGAUCAGGAGAAGUGUCAACGGAGGAAGGGGAGGAGCUAUGGCCACAGACUUCUCCUUCAACCGACCGCUGCAUGUCCAUUGACACCAUUGCCACAGACCUCUGGUUACGUCCUAGCUCCUCAGAAACACUGAAGAGAUUCAUGGGCAGUCGCAGGCCAUCCAGCCGAAACCACAUAGGCCAGGAUUGGGAAGGACCGUCCACUUACCAUGGUUAAAUCUCAUUAAAAACAUCACAGUUUUGCUAUUUAGUUUGUAUGUUCAGUACAUACAAACUUGUACACUUGAGGCCAAAGAUGAACAUUAACGAUUUAGAAGUCCCGUUUCUUCGUUCCUGUCUUACUUUCAAUUGAUGUGAAUGAAAUAUUGCAUUUACUUCCUGUAGCAUUAAGAAUGUCUGGGAGAAAUUGACUAUGAUGCUUCACACUGUGACUGUAUGAAUGUGUAAACUGCAGGAAUUCUGCUUGUUUGUCAGGUGAGCGAUAUGGACUUCCAAUGUUGUAAUGUGUAAUUUGAUUUUCAUUUUUAAUUAUUUUUUUGACAUUAAUUUUAAGUAGAAAUAUGAGCUUAUGCAAGCAUAAGCUUACAGUCUAACUGAAAACAUAAGCUAAUGUAAUAAGCAUGUAAGGUAAUGUGUAUGGACUCUUUAAUAAAUAUUUUAUUUGUACGUGA